AUGCACCCGCCGUCGCGCCCGGCCUCGUCGUCGUCGCACUCGCACGACCCGCGCGAGCGCGAGCGCAACGGGUACGGCGGGCCACCGAGCGCCGCGAGCGGCUCGCGCUCGAGGGGCAACUCGGCCGCGAGCAGCAACGACGGGACCGGGCGCGAGGUGACGAGGAGCAAGCGCAGCGAGCGAGGGCCGCCGGCAACGUGCGCCAAGUGCGCCUUGCCCAUGACGGGCCAGUUCGUGCGCGCGCUCGGGACCGUGUACCACCUCGACUGCUUCCGGUGCCAGGACUGCAGCAAGGUCGUCGCCGCCAAGUUCUUCCCGAUCGACUCGCCCGACGGCGGCGGGCGGCAGGUCCCGCUUUGCGAGACCGACUACUUCCGCCGACUCGGCCUGCUGUGCCACAAGUGCGGCCAAGCGUUGCGAGGGAGCUACAUCACGGCGCUCGACAUGAAGUUCCACGUCGAGCACUUCACCUGCUCGGUAUGUCCCACCGUGUUCGGCCCGCAGGACUCGUACUACGAGCACGCCGGGUCGGUCUACUGCCACUUCCACUACUCGACCCGGUUCGCCGUCAAGUGCACUGGGUGCCGCACCGCCAUCCUCAAGCAGUUCGUCGAGAUCAACCGCAACUCGAUCGACGAGCACUGGCACCCCGAGUGCUACAUGAUCCACAAGUUCUGGAACCUCAAGCUCGCACCAACACCAAAGCUCCCGCCCGAGUACCUCGCCGUCGAGGAGGUCGAGACGCCGUCGUCGCUCAAGGCGCGGCAGCGCCACAUGGAGGAGCAGGUGUACCGCAUCUGGACGAUCCUGAGCGCUUUCGAGGAGAGCUCGGCGGCGUGCAUCUCGGAGAUGCUGCGGCACGUGUCGAGCGGCCACUACAUGGAGGGCGUCGGCAUGGCCGAGAAGUUUGUCCUGCACGUCGAGACGCUCUUUGCCGCCAUCGACGACCUCAACGCUGCGUUCCGGGCCGCAGGCGCCAAGGAGAUGUCGCACGUGCGCGAGGCGCGCAUGCUGUGCAAGAAGGUCGUCAACUUCUUCAUGCUCCUGUCGCACACGCACGAGACGGGCGCGCGCAAGAUGUCGAUCACGCAGGAGCUCCUGUCGCUCGUCACGGGCCUCGCGCACUACCUCAAGAUCCUCAUCCGCAUCGCCCUCACGGGCAGCCUCAAGCUCGAGCGCGAGCACGGCAACGGCCAGGCCAUCGGCCUCUUCCUCGGCCGCCUCGACCGCCUCGCGCGUGACCCCGAGGCCAACAAGAUCUCGGCGACGGUCGCCGCGUUGGGCGAGGCGACGACCGACCUGUGCGAGGGCUGCCGCCUCACGGUUGAGGAGGAGUGCGCGCGCCUCGGCACGUCGGUGCGGUGGCACUUGCCCUGCUUGCGCUGCCCGCACUGCCACCGCUGCGCGUCCAAGGACGAGGUCGUCCCGGACCCGCACGACGAGGUGUCGGUCGCCGACUUUGUCUGGGUCGACGGCGCAGGCGACGAGGCACUCGGCGCCGCCUUCUGCCGCGAAUGCGCCUCGCGCGAGCGCGGCGGCAGCCUCGAGGGGACGGCCGGCCCGGGCCAGUUCGCCUACGUCACGCGCCUCGAGCAGUACGCGUUCCUCCUGUGCGUUGCGCUCAACAAGCUGUUCGGCCGCCUCAAGCAGCGCGGCGUCGUCGGCGGGCAGGUCGGCGCGGCGGCCGUUGACGAGGCGUCGGACGAGGCGAGGUCGCUCUCGGACGCCUACCGCGACUCGACCGACAUCAAGCGCAUGAAGAGCGUGCAGCUCGACCGCAAGCUGUCGGCGACGCAGGCGCGCACGCCCAUGCGCUCGACGGUCGUCCAGUCGCCGGCGGGCCGAACCGCGACGAGCGACGCGACGACCGACUCGACGUUCACCCUGUUCCAGACCAAGCCGCCCCCCGACGGCCUCGGUGGGUCGUCCGAGCCGACGCAGGACGAGGAGGGCCUCACGCUCGCCGACCUGCCCAAGGCGCUCGAGGCCGAGCAGCGCCGCAGCGACCCGUCGCGGCCGUCGCCUCCUCCGGCGUCGCUCGGCACGAUCGCGUUCGUCGGCGACCGCGGCGGCUUUGUCGGCGCGCCGCCUGCCGCACUGUCACUCGGCCCCAAGCUCCUGAGCGAGCUGUCGGCCCUCGAGUACUUUAUCGUCAAGCACGUCGCCGCCGUCCUCCUCUCGAGCGAGUCGAGCGCCCUGCGCGACGCGGCGCCGCUCGACGAGCUCCUCGAGAUGAUCGACGCGAGGAAGAACACGUUCUGGGGCAAGCUGUUCAAGGGCGGGCAGGAGAAGAAGAGCGUCAAGAAGAAGGGCGUGUUCGGCAUCCCUCUCGAGAUCCUCGUCGAGCGCAACGGCGCCGACUCGAUGCACGGUGCCGGGCCCGGCUCGCUGCGCAUCCCGAGCUUUGUCGACGACGUGAUCUCGGCCAUGAAGCAGAUGGACAUGUCGAUCGAGGGCAUCUUCCGCAAGAACGGCAACAUCCGCCGGCUCAAGGACCUGACCGAGGCGCUCGACCGCGACUCGGGCUCGGUCAACCUGUCGGACGACAAUCCGGUCCAGCUCGCCGCCCUGCUCAAGAAGUUCCUGCGCGAUCUGCCCGACCCGCUCAUGACGUUCAAGCUGUUCCACCUCUUCAUCGCUGCGCAGCGUGUCGACAACGAGGACGAGCGCAAGCGCAUGAUGCACUACGUGUGCUGCCUCAUGCCCAAGCCGCACCGCGACACGAUGGAGGUCCUGUUCGUCUUCCUCAAGUGGGUCGCGUCCUUCUCGCACGUCGACGAGGAGACCGGGUCCAAGAUGGACCUGCAGAACCUCGCCACCGUCAUCAGCCCCAACAUCCUGUACGCCAAGGGCAAGGACCCGGCUCGCGACGAGAGCUUCUCGGCCGCGCGCGUCGUCCACGAGCUUCUCGAGCUCCAGGACGAGUUCUGGGAGGUGCCCGCCGAGUGCCUGUCGAUCCUCAACGACCAGGAGCUGUUCGCCAACCCGUCGCAACUCACGUCCAAGGAGAUCCUCGCGCGCGCCGAGAACCACAUCCGCCUCUUCGGUCGCGGUACGGGCUUCAGGGUGUCGAGGGGCGAGGCGAGCCCGCCGAGGCGACCAGGACUGCAAGAGGCUUGGUCGGCCCCAGUCGUCCCCGGCGGUCUCCCGAGCGGCUCUCGACCUCUCUCGACGUCGGUGUCGCCGUCGCAGCUCCUGCGCUCGCCCGAACGACCCGUCGCCUUCGCCAACCCGCAGCAGGCGAGCGGUCCGGUCCCGCCGCAUCCCGCCGGCCUUCCUCAGCCUCGCCCCGGCGCCGGCAACUCGUCCUGGCUCCCCGGUCCGCCGCACCCGGGUCGGUUCGACGAGUCGUCGCGUCGCGGCAGCUCGGAGGGAACCGCCUACCGGCCCUCGAACGACCAUGGGCCGCACUCGCAGCCGCCGUCGCACGCCUCCUCGCCGCAACACCGCGGUCACGCACACACGCCGUCGACGCACCCGUACCAGUAAGGCGACGCCGUCACUCGAUCGUCGCCGUCGACGCGCCCUGCCUUGGUUCCCCUCCCUCUCGACCUCGCCCGCUCCAUCACGAUCCUCCCCCGCAACGACUCGUUCCUCUUCCUCCUCUCGCCCCUGAUGCCCACUAUCUAUUCCCGUUGUCG